CCACUCCCUAUCCGUCCAGCUGGCCCCACCCUCUUGUCCUUUGCCCAGCUUUUGCAUCCUUGAGCUAUUCCACCGUAUGGUCCUCCUCGCCGAUGGCGCUAUUCGCCACCAUGGCUCCCUUCGUUCUUGGAGCAGUUUUGCCGUCACUCCGUCGUAGCUCCAGGAGCUUCGCCGCGAGGGGUGAGGCGGCGGUCACAGCCUUAGACUCGGCCUCGGCGUCCACAAGGCUGCUGGCAGUGGGCGUGUGGCAGCGGGCAAUGUUGACGACCAAGGGGAGGGGCAUGCGGAGCAAGGUGGAGAAGCGGAUGGCGAGGGAGACCGGCCGCACGCAGCGGGAGCUCCACCGCGCCAUCAAGCUCAGGAAGAAGCUCAUGACCAAGGAUGAGAAGCUCAUCUACAGCCUACGAAGGUUCCCGCUAAUGUCGAGAAGCAAGAAGCUUCACGACCUCAUCAUGAACAAGGAAUCACGCGAGGCCAAGUCUAGAGGAGGUGAAGAAGAGCAAGAAGAGGAUGCAGGGGAGAUCAGAGAGGAAGAAGUGGUUCUGGAGGAGGAUGAGGAGGUGGACGUGCACCACAUCUGCCUGCCGGAGUUCCCCAAUGGCGCGGAGGCGUUCGAGCUGGCAACCAAGUUCUGGUAUAGCGUCAAGCUCGACCUCGCGCUGGCCACCGCCACGCCGCUUCACUACGCCGCCAAGCGCCUCAGCAUGUCCGAUGAAGAUGAAGAUGAAUGUGUACUGUAGCACAUGAGCCAUCCAAUAGAUGGGUUGUUUUAAGUGGGUUGCAACCCAAGUGCAAAGACAAAUGUUAGCCUAUUAGAGUACAAGGCUGUUAGAGAACAAGAAAAAUGUGAUUUUGGUAAUUAAUGACAAUAUCUAUAGAUUAAUAAUUA